UAAAGCAGUGGAGGACGGCAAGGCAGCGGACGAGCAGGCAGGGUGCAUACAAGAACGAGACGGAUUGGGCACCUCACUGGGCAACCGGAAACUCUGAGAAAGGGCCGGACGGAUCAGCAGCAGUGGCUGUCUUGUGAUCCAUGCUGUUCUUCCUUCGAUGAACAAAGAACCGGGUUUUAUGGAGACCUAGACUCCGCAACUAGGUGGCGUUGCUGGAGCGGUUGCAGGCCAUGGAGCUGUGGCAGACUACAGCACAAGAGCUGGACCUCCUCCAACAGACCAACCAGAAGAACAUCUCCGAUGGACAGAUCCAUGAUACUCCGAGGCAGCAGCUCAAGGAUCAGCUUGUUCAGUUCCAGCAGCACACACACAAACUUCAAGUGGCCAAUCAGAAACGGGAAUCAACUAAUCAGCAGUUUCUGAAGACGCUGACGGAGCAGAGCACGGAGAUGGAGGUGCUGCAGGGCCAGCUCAGUGAUUCAGUGUGUGUGUGUGAGAAGGCGAGUCGUCUUCAAAAACGACUUACACAAGCUGAACAAAAGGCGACUACUGCGACACAACAGCUGACUAUGUUAGCGCCCCAGCGAAGAAGAGCAGCAUUGGUGGACCCAGAGACUUUAUAACAGCGACUGUUGCUAUGGUGGAAUGAAUAUGUAGCUCAGUGUGUUUAGAGCUUGUUUAUUUUAAAUACGAUAUCACAAGGUUUGCCAAAUACAUAAGACAACAAUUGGGGUUGUCUGUGAUGUGGUUAUUAAAUGGCAAUUUUCAUGCACUAAUGUGUCAACUUUAGUGAUUUAUAUUUGCAUUUGUUACAAACUGCUACAACUACAAAAUAAACAAAUAUGCCUGUUGGUUUUUGCAGAAAUAUCUGCUGGAUGUAAAUCCUAUGCCUUU